AUGGCUCGGACGAUGGGAUUACUUCUGAAUCAAGUCGACGAAGAAGGUGAUAAUGAGGCUGAUCAGAAUGGUAUUGGUAUCGAAGAAGAAGUUGUAGAGGAUUUAAGCGCUCACUUUGGAGAUGAUGCACAAAACGAGGGUGAUGUGAGUGACGGAGACAGUGGUGAUGAGAUUUGGGAUGAUGAUAAAAUCCCAGACCCAUUGUCAUCUGAUGACGAUGAAGAGGAGUUUGAGCGUAGAGAAGAGGUUGCAAAUACACUUGGUUGUGAUGAGCUUCUGUAUUUGGGGAAAACGUACGGAUGUGCGUCUGAUUUUAAAGUUGCUUUGCUUAGGUAUUCUCUUCGAUCAAGGUAUGAUAUCAAGCUCUAUAAGUCUUGUGCUAAGGCGCUGGGUGCAAAAUGCUCUGAUGUAGAGUCUAAGUGUCCUUGGAGAAUUUAUUGUUCAUAUGAAAGAAGAAGACAUAAGAUGCAAGUGAAGGUAUUUGUGAAUGAGCAUUGUUGCAUUAGAUCAGGAUACUCAAAGAUGUUGAAGACUUCUUCUAUUGCCAUUCUCUUUGAGGAAAGACUAAGAAUAAAUCCUAAAUUUACUAGGACAGAGAUGGUGGAUGAGAUACAGAGAGAAUAUAAUCUCACUGUCACUGAGGAGCAGUGUGGAAAAGCGAAGUCUAAGCUUUACAGAGAAAGGAAAGCCAGCCAUGAAGCUCACUUUUCUCGGAUUUGGGACUAUCAAGCUGAGGUCCUAAAAUCUAAUAAACCCAUCAUUGGUUUAGAUGGAGCAUUUCUCAAAUGGGAUAUAAAAGGACACUUAUUGGCUGCUGUUGGAAGAGAUGGGGACAAUAGAAUAGUUCCAAUUGCUUGGGCUGUAGUGGAGGUCGAAAAUAACAUAAACUGGGAGUGGUUUGUGAGAUUGUUAAAGGAAGAUUUGGGACUACAAGAUGGCUCCAAAUUCACCAUCAUUUCAGACAAACAAAAGGGCUUAGUGAAUGCUGUUAAAAAUGAACUACCAGAAGCAGAAUAUCGAAUGUGUGCAAGACACAUAUUGUCAAACUGGAAAAGAGACAGCAAGGAUCCUGAGUUAGAGCGUAUAUUUUGGAUAAUAGCUGGUUGCUACACCAUAGGAGAGUUCGAAGAUGCUUUAGAGGUACUGAAGAAAUAUAACAGAGGUGCGUGGGAUACUCUUCAACUACAGAACCCGAAAACAUGGAGUAAGGCAUUCUUUAGAGUUGGGUCGUUUUGCAAUGAUAACCUCAACAACCUCUGUGAAUCUUUCAAUAAAACCAUUAGGGAAGCAAGGAAAAAACCAUUACUUGAUAUGCUAGAGGAUAUUAGGAGGCAAUGUAUGGUUCGUAAUGCAAAAAGGGCUAUUCUUGCAAAUAGGUUGAAAACACAUUUUACUAAGAAGGUGCACACUGAGAUUGAACUCAACAAAGAGAAAGCUAAAGAUUUGAGAAGGCAUAUAGCUUGUGGAAACGUGCAUGAGAUUGAUGACCAUAGUGUUUCUUAUCGUGUAGACAUGGAUCUCAAAACAUGUGGGUGUAUAAAAUGGCAGCUCACUGGAAUCCCUUGUAUCCAUGCCGCUUGUGUUAUUAGAGCCAAGAAGAUUAGGAUAGAAGAUUAUGUUUCUGGCUAUUACACAGCCCAAAAGUGGCGACAAACAUAUUCCCGUGGGAUUAUACCUGUCCAAGGUAUGAAGUUAUGGCCUCGGUUAAAUAGGUUAGGAGUUUUACCACCGCCAUUUAGAGUAGGGAAACGUGGAAGACCAAGUAAUUAUGAUAGGAAGAAAGGGCUUCAUGAAACUUCAUCCAAGGCUACCAAGAUGACACGAGACAGGAGAGUCAUCACAUGCUCAAAUUGUCAUGUUGAAGGUCACAACAAGGUGACUUGUCCUAAUGACACAGUUCAGAGUGCUCCAAAAAGGCCAAGAGGCCGACCAAGAAAGGAUUUGGGAGAAUACUCUCAACCACAAGGACUCUUUCAAGAGUCAUCUCAACCCUUGCAAUUGUGA